AUGCCCACUAUGAUGCGCAAGCAGCGACUCCAGUGGGCUUUCCCGCCAAGCCCAGCAAUGCAUACAAAUUACAGCGGCUACCCGGACAUAAGCGAGGACACUGCCCCCUGCAGGCUGGAUGCAGUCAGCAAGUUUGGACGGUACUUCGUCCCUCUAGUCUUCACCCUGGUCUUUGUGGUGGGGCUGGCAGGGAAUGGGCUGGUGCUGGGACAGCGACAAUGCCCCUGGCACAUCACUGACUGGUAUCUCUUCCAGCUGGCGCUGGCUGACAUAUUGCUGGUGCUCUGCAAGCUGGUGGGGGCACUGCUGGCAGUAAACAGCUAGAGCAGCAUUCUGCUUCUCGCUGACAUCAGCAUCGACCGGUAUCUGGCCAUCGUGCAUGCCGUGCAGCUGUACCGGCGCCUGCAAGCCCUGCACCUGCACCUGGCCUGCGCCCUCCUCUGGGCCAUCUGCCUGGCCCUCUCUGUCCCGGAGCUGCACUUCCGCACCGUGCCCUUCCAGCCCCAGGGCCAGGCCUCCAUCUGCCACUGGGGCUUCAAAGCCCAGGAGGCCCAGGCUUGGCGGGUGAGGCUGCACCUCACCACCUUCUUCCUAGGCUUCCUGUUGCCACUGCUGGUGAUGCUCUUCUGCUAUGGCCGCAUUUUCUGCACCCUGCAUUGGGCACAGCUGCUGGCCAGGCACCGCUCACUGCGGCUGGUGCUGCUGCUGCUGGCACUCUUCGUGCUUUGCUGGGCCCCCUUCCACAUCUUCCUGCUGCUGGACAGUCUGCAGCGCCUGGGCUACAUUGGCCGCCACUGCGCUCUGGAGCGGGUGUUGGACUUUGGGCUGCUGGUGAUGGAGGGGCUGGGCCUGCUGCACUGCUGCCUCAACCCCCUGGUCUAUGCCUUCGCUGGUGUCAAAUUCCGCAGGGAGCUCUCCAAGCUGUGCUGGAAGGGCCAGCGCCACAGCCACCACUCCAGCCAAAGACAGAUCCUCUCCACCCAGGAGCACAGCCACCCCAGAGGGGGACACAGACCACGGCUACUCAAUCAUGCUGUGAGAGUGGCUGGGGACAGGACACUAGAACUGGCUCCUACACAGAGAAACCCUUUCAUCUGUGGAUCCCACCUCCCAGCAGCCCCCUCCAAGAAAGGAUGA